AUGAUUGAGGACAAGUAUAUCGGCCUCUCUUUGGCCGUUUCAUCGGCCCUGGCCAUUGGCACGAGUUUCGUCAUCACCAAAAAGAUGCAGGGUUUGAUGCAAGUCGAAGAAAAACAUGGCUUCGAAGGCGAUGGCUACGUCUACCUGCGCAACCCCCUUUGGUGGGCCGGUAUCGCAACUCUCGGUAUCGGCGAGAUUUGCAAUUUUGCUGCCUAUGCCUUUGCGCCAGCCAUUCUAGUCACCCCUCUCGGCGCCCUCUCAGUUCUCAUUGGUGCCGUUCUCGGCUCAUACUUCCUCAAGGAAGAGCUCGGUAUUCUAGGCAAGCUGGGAAGCGCCAUCUGCUUGAUUGGCGCUGUCGUCAUUGUUCUCCAUGCGCCACCCGACGAGGAGAUUGAGACUAUUGAUCAGAUUCUCCACUAUGCUGUGCAGCCUGGCUUCCUUCUUUACGCCGUCGCCGUUGUCGCAUUCGCCGUCUUCAUGAUCUACCGAGUUGCACCACUGUACGGCAAGAAGAAUGCUCUUAUCUAUCUCUCUAUCUGCUCGACAGUCGGCUCUAUUUCCGUCAUGUCCGCCAAAGCUUUCGGCAUCGCUCUCAAGAUUACCUUUGCUGGCAACAACCAGUUCAGUCAUCCUUCAACCUACGUCUUUAUGAUUUUGACUACACUCUGCAUCGUCACCCAGAUGAAUUACUUCAACAAGGCACUGGCCUGCUUCCCGAGCAAUAUUGUCAACCCUCUUUACUAUGUCACCUUUACGACUGCCACUCUUUGCGCCUCAUUCAUCCUGUUCAGUGGCUUCAACACGACCGACCCUGUCAACACUGUUUCGCUACUUUGCGGCUUCCUCAUCAUCUUUGCUGGUGUAUACCUCCUCAACCUCUCAAGAGGCGACCCCAACGGCCAAAAGAUUGCUGGUGCGCAUACCGGCUACGACGCCACUCCUACCGACAUGGUUUCCAGCUUCCAGACUCGUCGUAGUAUGCAGGCUCGCCGCAGCGGCGAUCCGUCACGCCACAGCAUUAGCAGCGCCCACGGUGACCGUGACGGCCUGAUCCGCGCGUACGAUGAGGAAGAGGCUGCCGGUUUUGGUUUGACCGAUUUGACCGAGGAGAGCGAGGAUGAGGGUCAUCGCCGGCCCAAUGGCAAUGGUCGCGCCAGCCGAAAUAAGGAGCAAGACACCAUUGAGCUUCAGAGCCGACAGUCCUCGGCGCGAUAG